AUGGUUGUGAGGGUAGUGAAAAAUGUCGACUGUGACUGUGAUGACGACGACGACGAUGAUAACGCCCCCAACAUCAACAAUAUCAUCAACAACAUCAUCAUCAACAACAACAACAUCAACAGCAUCAUCAUCAACAACAACAACAUCAACAAUAUCAUCAACAACAACAACAACAUCAACAAUAUCAACAAUAUCAUCAACAACAUCAACAACAACAACAUCAUCAACAACAACAUCAUCAACAACAACAACAACACAACAAUAUCAACAAUAACAUCAUCAACAACAACAACGCAGCUACAACUCAGUUACGAUGAUUACGACGGAACCUUAAACGUUCACGUCAUUCAAGCCAGAAAUUUGGUCCCGAAAAUCAAAGUUGGCUACUCUGAUCCGCUUGUUAAAGUCUUCCUCCUACCUUAUAAAUGGUAUGUAGUAGUAGUAGUAGUAGUAGUAGUAGUAAGCAAGCGAAAGACCAAAUGCAUUCCAAGGACUCUUCAUCCAGAAUGGCACCAGACACUAAUUUUCCUCCACGUCCCGAAGGAAAAGUUGUUCGAGAAAGUUCUCGAAGUAUCCGUGUGGGAUCACGAUCAGUUUCUGCCGGAUCAGAUACUUGGAGAGGCUUUGAUUGACUUGUCCGACAUCAGCCACCUGGACAACCGCCCCCACUGGUACUUCCUCGUUGAGGACAGUGACAGUCGGUUCGGCAAGCGCCCUCGGACGAGCACGGCGUCAUCAUCGUCAGAGAGUGGAGGUGACGACGACGAUGAGGAUGAAGAUAACUCCUCAUUCAGUUCGAAAAGUUGCGAUACCAGUAAAGGGUCCGAUCAUCAUCAUCACCAUCAUCAACACCACCGUCGUCGGCGUCAUCAUCGCCAUCAUAGUACCGGAAGUGGAGGAGCUGCCGGAAGCGGAAGUGGUGGAGGGCAUGGAGAAGAUGGGAAGAAGAAAGCAAGAAAGUUGGUUGUCGCCGUCGUUGAUGAUGCCAUUUAUUUUAUUGAUAUUAUUUUCAAUGUUUAUAUUUUGUAUUAUCGCCCGUUCAAGGUCGUCAUCAGGAAGCACAAACGUACCAGCAACAACAAACUGCCCCAAUCUUCCUCCGAAGACCAAAAAACAAAGAACAAUAAACAAACAAUCGAAAAAACACGACGAGCAGAACAAUCAACGUGA